AAAUAAUCAGAGCAUUGAUAUCCGUCGCUCCUAGCAACCAGUGUAAUUCUGACCAAAACAAAACACUGUUGAAAUUAAGGGGGUUCGAUUAGUCCAUAGAAAACAAUGUCCCUGAUGCUCAAUGGCCACAAACAUAUUGCAGCUUCAACGUCCGCCAAAAGGAUGCCUAUCCGAUAUUCAGAGCCUGUUCCAUUCGAGAAGUUAAAUUGGUUAAUCCACUUGUUGCAUGUUCGUGGCGAUGUGUCUACCUGUAGAGAAUUGAUCGAACACGAAAUUGAAAACACUAGGGGGCGAAAUGAGUUUCUUUACUUCACAAAGGGAUGCAUAUUCAGCAAUGAAGGUAAAAUAUCAGAAGCUUUGGAGGCAUUCCAAAUGUGCUUGAAAAACAAUCCAGAAAAUACAGAGAAUAUAAUGAAAGUUGGAGAAUGUUUAUUCGAACUCAAACGAUACAAGCUUGCUCUGGAUGCAUACCGAGAAGCCGAACGGAUCUUAGUAACCCCAGACUGGAAAGUGUUUCAAAAAAUAGCGGAGAUUCUUUUGAUCACAGAAGAGGUUGAAACAGCGAAGGACUAUGUGAGGAAAGCUGUGGAGUAUGGAAGAAAUGAGAGUUCUUACGCUCUCCUUGUUAAAAUUCUGAAAGAAGAAGGCGAUGUUAAAUCUGCUCUCGCUGUUUGUAGAUCAGCAAUCGAGUUUUGUCCAGACAGCGUGGAUAUGAUGUGUGAAGCAGGAUUCCUUCAUCUUCGAAUGGGUGAAGACCAAUAUGCCUUUGAAAGAUUCAGUGAUGCACUUGCCUUCAAUCCUUAUUGCUCCAAAGCCCUUUUGGGCAUUGGAUAUGUGACACAGAGUCAUGGAGAAAUCGAUGUGGCGCUCAUGAAGUAUAAAACGGCCAUCCAGUUUCGUCCAGACUCAGUCGCAUUAUGGAAUAACAUAGGAAUCUGUUUUCAUUCCCUGCAGAAGCACAUCGCAUCUAUGAGCUGUCUGAAAAGGGCUUUAUGGAUGGCACCGUUGAAUUGGAAAAUUCUUUUCAAUCUCGGUUUGGUACAUCUAUCCAUCCACCAACAAGCUUCUGCAUUCAAUUUUUUAUGUGCAGCUGUGAACCUCAGGCCAGAUGCUGCUGGUGUUUUCAAUGCCUUGGGGUGUUGUCUCAUGGAACUUCAGGAUCCUGAAAAUGCCCUUCGAGCCUUCAAUCAAGCAAACACAUUAAUUCCCAAGGAUAUUAUCAGUCUACUGAACGCAACAUUGUGUUUAGCUAGAAUUGGAAAGAGCGAAAAGUUUCGUGAAAAUAUGCAAGAAAUCGAGGAAAUUAUUAACACCCAGCCACAAGUCCCUGCACAGUGUUCAGAACUGUUCAAUCAACUUGCCAGUGUAUUUCUUCAAUCCAUGGAGUCCGCAGCAAAUGUCAACUCAGAAACUAGCCAAGAUACCAUCAAUGCCUCAUCGAAAGAAUUCAUAGAGGAAAAUGGAGAAGUCAGGUUUAUUUCUGAACAAGAUCAUAAUAUGGGACCUGAUGAAGUAUGAUUGUCGACCUCUUGAACAACAAUUCAAUAUAAUCGAAAGUCCCUGUCGUAUAGGUUAAGUUGUGAAGAAUCAACGUCGGUGACUUAUUCGUUCCUAAUCUCAUAAUCCUACAGUAGAAAAUUGUUUAUAUCAAAUGUAAAUGUAAAAUCAUUUGACCAUCGUGUGAACAUUCUGAAAAUAAUUUCUUCUAUGCUGCACCACAAAGAACUGAAAAUAUUUCAUAUCUAAAGAAUAAAUUGUUGAUCAAACAAACCUUUUACUUAUGAUACCUAUCUGAUGCUGGUCAAAUGACUUUGGAAAUACUAUGGCAAUUGCGUCCAUAGGCUAGGAUUGUUACAAAUUGAAUUAUGAGAGAAAUGAACAAGUUGAUUGUAAAUUUUUGGAAAAUAUAUCAUGAUUUGGG